CCUCAGUCAAUGUGAAUGUUAUUGCAAGCACUGCCAGUAACUCAACCGCAGCACGCCUGCCUGCUCCCCCAUCCUCCGCAAGCGGUCCCGCUCACACCACCCCGCAGAACCCGGACGGAGACACCAUGGGUGGAGAAGGGCUCAGACCACUCCUCCGACAAGUCCCCAUCUACACCAGAGCAAGGGGUACAGCGCAGCUGUUCUUCCCAGUCUGGCCGGAGCGGCAGCAAGAAUUCCAAGAAAAGCCAGAGUUGGUAUAACGUAUUAAGCCCAACUUACAAGCAGCGGAAUGAAGACUUCAGGAAGCUUUUCAAGCAACUUCCUGACACAGAGCGUCUCAUCGUUGAUUACUCAUGUGCGCUCCAAAGAGACAUUCUCCUCCAGGGCCGACUCUACCUCUCUGAAAAUUGGAUCUGUUUCUACAGCAACAUCUUCCGCUGGGAAACUCUGCUAACAGUGCGAUUGAAAGACAUCUGCUCCAUGACUAAAGAAAAAACAGCCCGACUCAUUCCCAAUGCAAUCCAAGUUUGCACAGACACUGAAAAGCACUUUUUCACAUCCUUCGGGGCCCGAGAUAGGACAUAUAUGAUGAUGUUCCGGCUCUGGCAGAAUGCCCUCCUGGAAAAACCCCUGUGUCCCAAGGAGCUGUGGCACUUUGUCCAUCAGUGUUAUGGAAACGAACUGGGCCUGACCAGUGACGAUGAGGACUACGUGCCCCCAGAUGAUGACUUCAACACGAUGGGCUAUUGUGAGGAACUCCCAGUAGAAGAGAAUGAGGUGAAUGACAGCUCCUCCAAAAGCAGCAUAGAGACCAAGGCAGAUGCCAGCCCACAGCUGCCGAAGAAAUCUAUCACCAACAGCACGUUGACUUCUACCGGAAGCAGCGAAGCCCCUGUCUCGUUUGAUGGAUUGCCCCUGGAAGAAGAAGUGGUAGAAGGGGAUGGCCCCAUGGAGAAGGAGCUCACAAUUGACAACAUCAUUGGGGAGAAGAUGGAGAUCCUCGCUCCAGUGAACUCGCCCUCCUUGGAUUUCAAUGAUAAUGAAGAUAUUCCCACCGAGCUCAGUGAUUCAUCUGACACCCAUGAUGAAGGAGAAGUCCAAGCCUUCUAUGAUGACCUGAGUGGCCGGCAGUAUGUGAAUGAGGUCUUUAACUUCAGUGUUGACAAACUCUACGACCUUCUCUUCACGGACUCUCCCUUUCAGAGGGAUUUCAUGGAGCAGCGUCGCUUCUCUGAUAUCAUCUUUCAUCCAUGGAAAAAGGAGGACAAUGGAAACCAGAGUCGAGUGAUUCUCUACACCAUCACCCUCACCAACCCUCUGGCUCCCAAAACUGCCACUGUUACAGAGACCCAGACCAUGUACAAGGCCUGCCAGGAGAGUGAAUGCUACGUGAUAGAUGCUGAGGUGCUCACCCACGAUGUGCCAUACCAUGACUACUUCUAUACCAUCAACCGCUACACGCUCACCCGUGUAGCUCGAAAUAAGAGUCGACUCAGGGUGUCCACAGAGCUGCGCUAUAGAAAACAGCCCUGGGGGCUGGUGAAAACCUUCAUUGAGAAGAAUUUCUGGAGUGGGCUGGAGGAUUAUUUCCGCCAUUUAGAGAGUGAGUUGACAAAGACAGAGAGCACCUACCUGGCUGAAGUACACAGACAGUCUCCCAAAGAGACCAACAAAGCCCCUGCCGUACGGAGGAGGAAACGACCCCAUGCCCAUCUGAGGGCCCAUUUGGAGGAGGUGAUGAGCCCCGUCACUACUCCAACAGAUGAGGACGUGGGCCAUAGGAUCAAGCACGUAGCAGGUUCUACCCAGACCCGGCACAUCCCUGAUGACACCCCCUACGGGUGGCUCCACCGUCAGAGUGUGUCCAAGCGGCUUCUCAUUAUCAGCUGUGUGAUCUGUUUCAGCCUGGUGCUGCUGGUGAUUCUCAACAUGAUGCUGUUCUAUAAACUCUGGAUGCUAGAAUAUACCACCCAGACCCUCACCGCGUGGCAGGGCCUGAGACUCCAAGACAGGUUACCCCAGUCCCAGACAGAAUGGGCGCAGCUCUUAGAGUCCCAACAAAAGUAUCAUGACACAGAGCUCCAAAAAUGGAGGGAGAUCAUCAAAUCCUCUGUGAUGCUUCUAGACCAGAUGAAGGACUCACUCAUCAACCUUCAGAAUGGCAUCAGAACCCGGGACUACUCAUCUGAAAAAGAGGAGAAGAGGAAUCACUAUCAUUGACAAGGCAGGAAUAGGGGUGACACCAGAGGCCUGUGCAAUACAUGUACAUAGACCAUAUAAAUAUAUAUAUAUAAAUAUAUAUAUAUAUACAGAAUAUAAAUAUAUAUUAUAUACAGAUUUUAAAAAGAGAUAAUGCCUAUGUACCAGGGAGCAGGAGCGGGACUGCCUCCUGCACUGGCCGGAAAAGCAAUUUCUUUCGGUGGAGGGCAGGGGGCAUCUCCUAGCACCGACCCUCCCCAACCUUCUGUAUCCCCCAGUCCUUCCAUCCCCACCCUUCCCUUGCUGGCCAUCCCUUGGCUGUUUGAAGGGAAGUGAAGUUGAGCCAAAGUCAUGCUUGUGCAGGCCCUGGGGUCUUGGAUAGGAGUCUCAAAGGGGCAUUGCUAUGGUGCUUCAUUUCCUGCCCUCCAUUUAUUUUGAAAAUUGGGGGGAAAAGGGACCCCUCUCUCUCCACCAUCCCAGCUUAUCCUGGAUGCCCAGAUGUGGGGGGGGGCAGGGAUUCAGGCCUCCAACCCGGCAGAGGGGACUCCACCUAUAUCCCACCAUGAGAAGCCACCAAGGAAAAGUGGAUCUUCAGCCAGACGGACAGGACUUGUUAGAUAAGCCAAAAGGCAGUAUUUGUGGGAUUUGUGGUGGUAUGGGAGGGUAUGGGAGUGGGCAGGGUGGGAGGGCUUUGAGACUGAAGAGUCCCUGAGAAUUCUUUGUCACUGCUGCCUCCCCCGAUCUUCAUUGGGGCCCUCCAGCUCAAAGUACACAUGGGCUGGAGGAGCAUAGGUCUCUCAUUUUCUACUCUCUCUGAUGUUCACUCAGGUUGGGUCUAUGUAAAAUUAAGUUGCUUUUGAGUGCCUGAAAUUCUGCUGUCCUCUUCUUCCCUACCCCCCACCCUUCCAAAAGAACAUUGUUUCUUAGGACAUGUAAAACUUAAAUAAUUUUGUUAAGAACUUAUUUUUUAUCAGUUUUAGGGCCAGAGGGGUGAAUAGGUCUAAUUCAAUUCACUUUGAGCCAAUGCUAUAAAAUACCCAUUGGGGAGUAUGAGUAGGGUGGAGGUAGGGAGCAAGGCUUGAGAGAAUGAAUGACAAGGUCAUUUGUAGGAACUGACAGGGCACAAAAACACUGCAAAGGCAUUCUGAAAAGGAUUGAGCCCAAGCUUACACUUCUUGUCCUCAGAUGGGUGCCAGUGUUAUUUAUUUACAUGCCCCUUCCUGCCUCACCAUCCCCCCUCUCCACCCAUGUAAUGUAGACCCAUAUUCAGUACAGAGGGAUUGUACUCUCUGGGUUGGAUUUCAUUUCUGGCAUGAAAGGAAGGAUCUGCUUGAUAGAGAUGGGUUCGAGUCCCAUGCAGUUUGGAGCUGAGAACCAGGGGAGCAUCCCUUUCUCUUUGGUAGCCCCUAAUCUAGCUAGUGCUUAGGCUUCUGAAUAGAGAGGGAAUUGGAGCAGGAAAACUCCCUCAGGCCUUUUGGUCUGGGAGAUGUCAUGGAGUAAGGGGAUGAAGCUGGACUGGGGACUUGAGUCAUCACUCUGUUUUUUUCUUAAGAAUUGAGAUAUCAUUCAGGCGUGUGGACCAGAGGGAUGGAUAGUAUCCACGCCUGGUCUGAUCUGGUAAGCUUCUUAGCUUGGAACACCGUAUAAGCUCUACCCCUAACCCUGCUGUUUCCCCUUCUAAAUCCAAGGGAGUCCUGCCUGAAACAGGCAGAAUCCAAAGAGAGGGAGAAGCAAGGCAGCGAGGAGGGCUCUUUAGAUAACGUAAGCCUUCUCCUGGGCCCUAGAAAGCAAGGAUCAGGGAAAAUUUAAGAAUAGAGAUUAUCAUAAAUUCCUACUGAUCUCCUCUAUUGAUGUUUAACAAAUAGUGGACUUCUGGUUUUCCUGGUGGCCAGGGAGAGAGGGCAGCCUGUGAGUGGGGGCUUUCAGACCUCUCAUAACCUCAGUAGCCUGGGAAAUCCAGCAGUACAGGGAAUUAACACAAAAUGUGAAUGUCUCUACAGAUGUGACCCUUUCUGGGGUGGGGACAAGGCCUAACUUAGAAUGAGGGUGAGAAAGUUAAGAUACUGGAUGGUAUAUUCCCAAUAGCAAUGAGGAAAAUGGUCUCUUUUUUGGAUGCUGAAGUUGGUUCCCUAUCCCUGCUCUACUCUCAGAGGACAGUCUGAGACUUGGGAUUUGGGGAGAUAAGAGUGAGUAGGAUCCCUUAGGAAGGUGAAUAUCCGCAUAAGCCAGUGCUGCUUCAUGAAACGCUGCCAAUCACCCAUUUAGCAGCUGUCAACUGAAAUCUUUUCUUUCUCUGGCCCAAUUAGGUGAACAAUAACUGAACGAAAAAGGCUGGGCAGAGACCUUGUAAAUUCAGAGUAAAGGAAAGAGGGGGUUGAGUGGCCUGAAAUUAUUAAAAUCCAGAGUGUCCACAAGCCAAGAUUGCUCACAGGAGCUUUUGGGGAGCAAGGGUUGUAAAUUAUCUUAUUUAUUUUAUUUAUCGCUAUUUAUUUCAUUGAGAGCUGCCUCUCCCCAGCUGUUGUGAGGCCUGUUCAAAUGGCUUCAGAAAGGUUCCUUGGGAGAAAAAUGAAGAUUUAUCUUCCCAGUUAAGCAAAGGGAAGAGAGAGGGCCACAUAGUGGAAUCUGGUCUUUCUUCGCUCCUUCUGAGCUGUGCUAGACAGGGCAAUUAGCAUCAAGAGAAAGAUUCUUGUGUGUCUGAGGAGAUGAAGAGGUAUAGGGAAUGCCCAGUACCUUUCUGGUGAAUAGAAGUCAGGAGAAAAUGUGUGACUUUUGGAGAGUUAUUUUGACCUAGUUGGGCCUCAGUUUCCUCAUCUGCAAAAUGAGGGUAUUGAACUAGACAUUCUUUUUUUUUUUUUUUUUUUGGCAGGGCAUUUAGUGGGAUUAAGUGACUUGCCCAGGGUCACACAGCUAGAACAUAUCAAGUGUCUGAGGCUGGAUUUGAACUCAAGUCCUCCUGAAUUCAGGGCUGGUGCUCUAUCCACUGCACCACCUAGCUGCCCCCUGGACUAGACAUUCUCUAAAGCCAUUUCCAGUGCUAGCAUUCUAUAAGUCUAGGGCUGGGAGAAAGGUAUCAACUUGGAUCCUUCCCUUCCCUACAGCAGAGAGUCCAGUGGCCCCCAAAAUUUUUCUUAUUUAACAGUUGUUGGAGGAGAAGGAACCUCAAGCCUUGCAAAUAAGACAGUCCCCCUCCCUGAAGGCUGCUCAAUCUGGGGCUACCCAAAGAGUAAAGCAAAGAAAAUGGCAUGGUACUUACUACUGGCUUGUCAUCCAGGCCAUGGUAGCUCCAGGCUAGUAGCUCUCUGGAAGGGGCAUUCACAGCCACCACCUGCCUUAUUUCUUUUGAUGUGAGAUCCAUUUCCAAACAGAGAAGAAACUUGAUUUGAUGUAUUUCCUUAGGAGUCCUUUGGAAGUGGGGUAGUGUCAGGGGUCAUGCUAGGACUACAUUUGCAGACAGGUUCUUCAUGCCAGGGCUGUUGUAAAGAUUGUGAAUAGAGGAGGAGCAGCUACCAGGUAUAAACAGUUUAAAGGAAUACAGUUGAAUCACCCAUGGAGAUUAGUAAAGUAUGAUCCCUAGUUUAUUUGCUGUAGGAGAACAGCCACUUGUUGAGGUCUGCAACUUGGAAGUUUACCUCCGGGUUUCAUCAAGAGCCAGGACCAAGGAGCUGUCAGUGUUAGAGUUGAAUAAGAGAGCUAGGCCAAGUUGUCUCAGGAGCCUUUAAGGACAGACCCCACUGGAUUUGAGCUUGGACUUUUCCAGGGUUGCACAGGAGUGUCAGGGUAAGGUAUUUAUCCUAAUUAGCAGGAGCUGGGUGGACUGCAGGAGCCCAGAGAGACUGGUCUGUCUACCUUAGCUCGGUAUUCACCCCAGGACACCUUUCCUCCCUCCAGACCUCAGUUUUUCUUUGUUUUAGAAGUUUACUCACUUGGAUUGCCGGUGAGUUAGGAGAGGGCUGGCUGGUGGGUUCAUUGAAGUCCCCCCUCCACAAAGGAAGCUUUAUGGGAAUCUCCAUAUCCAUCUCUUCCACUUCUUCCUUCAUCUCCUCAUCUACUGUUCACUUCUCCCCAAACAACAACAACAACAACCCAAACUCAGCUAAGGGUUUAGUUUAACUGUGAUGUGCUCAUAGGAGUCUCCAGAGAAUAGAGAACUUCAGGGCAUUGAACCUAAGAAACUGGGGCCAGGAGGAAGGAUACUGAGCAACUGUGAGCAGAGCAUUGAGUUUGGUGUAGGCAGCCAGCUCCUUUCUUAUACUGUGCCUCCAGUUCCUUAGAUAGCAGCUCUAGGGUAAGAUCUAGUAAGGGGCUAAGGGACAGAUAUUUGUGAGAUUUGUGAUCCCCCAAAAGAUUCUUUCCGUGCCAUAUCAUGCUGCUUAUCUAGACGUGCACGGCAGCCAAAGCUAGUCCCUCCCUUACCUUAAUCCUUGGAGAGACAAUACCCUCAUUUCCAGGUGUCUGGGAUAUGGACAUCCCAUCCCCACCUCCCAUCAAAAGACUUCUUCCCCUGGUGAUUCUUCUAAUGCCAUUGCUCCCUCACUGUGUCUCUAGGCUAUGAGACAAUCACCCCCUCCCCCUUUUCAUUCCCCCUUAUUUGGGCAGGCUGGCCCCGCUCCCCUUCACCCCUGUGUUUCCUUCCAGAAGAUGUGUUUUUGGUUCUGAGAUGAACAUUUUUUCUGGAAGGCCACCUUUUUAACCACCUUGCUUUCCCAGUGUGAAAGCAGGAAUUUUGCACAUGGCGUAGAGAGCUCUCCUCCCCACUCCUCUCUGCCCAGCCUCGUUACCUCACUCCUCCUGCCCUGGCUGGUGGCGUCUGUGACGGGACCAGGCCCGAUUUACUCCUUGAACCCAAACCCCCGCCUUCCCAGCCCAUGUUCCAUGUGACAAGCACAGCUCAGGGGUCUUGGGCAUUGUUUUCCGUUGCAACUCGGUCCUCUCCAGGCCUGGGAACCUGGACCAGAGUAGCGGCUGCUAGUGAGAAGCACCUCUCCCGCCAAGGGUAGCUGAUGCCGGACGAUCUCCCCCACAUGUGAAAGCUUAAAGAACAUUUUCUUGCCUUCCCCUCUUGCUCCCUGCCUUUGGCCCCCUGCUCUUCUCAAUACAAUGUGGCACUUUGCAGAAUCAAUAUGGCGGCCUCUGCGCAAGGUGGGAAGACUGGGUAGCAGCUGGGGAGUCCAUCCUGGACUUAGUUGCCAGUUGCCUUGAGCACGUAGGGAAAGCAGCAUUUUGCCAAGCGAUCCUGCGUGGAGCCCAGCUCUUCCUCACCCCACACUCUAUGAGCCGGCCCAGAAUCUGCAUGGACCAUCUUCCCCAACCCAAGGUGCUUUUGUUCCUCACUCACCCUGGGCCCCAAGUUGAGGAGGGGUAGGGGGAGAGGCUACAGGGCCCCCGGGGCAACCCUGGAGGUGUGUGGGGUGGGGUGGGGUGCCUGGGAAGGGUGAAUAGCGCCGGUUUGAACACAGUCAGGUUGUCUGACUGUCUUUUGUUUGGUACUAUAACUGUACUUUUGCCUGGCGCUGCGCGCAAGGUAUAAAAUCAGAAACUUACUGCUAGAAACUAGAAACAUACAAGGCUACUCAGCCAAAUCUUAAUGUAAAGUAGCUAGAGCCAUGGAAGUAUGGUAUGAAUUAAAGGGAAAAAAGUAUUGAACA